UCAAUGCCACUUUAAUCCAGCCUGCAAGUCCUGAGUUCUGGCCGUGUGCGUGUGUGUGUGCCCAGCCACGACGCCGACGACGACGCCCACGAAGACGACGACGACGACAACUGGUCACUGCUCACAUACACUCUCUCGUCUGUCCUUUUUUGAUUUUAGUGGGCAGUGAGCCAGCCUCAAUAAUAUCUAUCUAUAGCACGCUUACUCGGGCUCCUGGCGGCCAACGUUUCCCUUUUUCUUUGAGACCAACCCUGCACAUAACACGACACAUGGCCACCGUCGAGCAGCGAGCGAGCAACAAGCUCUCAAUGGGGUCCAACAGGAGCUCAGAUGGACUGUACAAGCAUCGCCAAAGUAUGCUGUACCGCGAACUCGAGAUCCUGCUCGAACUCACACCUAGCACCUUUAGCUCUCCUCUGCUGGCGCUUCCCCGCGAAAUCAGAGACCAGAUCUUCGACCAUGUGCUGCCAGAUACCUCCGACAGCCGCCCCGAGUUGCACACGUGCCUAUGGAGUGCAGAAAUGUCAAACGGCGAGCCCUGGCGACACGAUAUUUUCGGCUAUGGACCCGCGGUAGCCAGACCAGCGCGCCUUCGCCCGGAGCUGCUGCUCAUCAACAAGCAAAUCCGCGAAGAGCUGCUGCAAAACUACUUCCGCCGCAGCAAAGUCAAGCUCCACGCCGAGCUGCGCAAUACCCGCACCAACAAUGACUAUUUCGAGUUCUCGCAGCACAUUUUGAAACUGCCCAUGUUGGCGCAUACAACGCACAUUCGCUUCUAUCUCGAGUGGAACUACACGACGCUGCGCAACGGGAGCCGAGAUAGGAUGCUCAAGGACCAGACGCGCAUGACGUAUAAUCUGCUAGCCGCCAUUGACAAGAUUGUCCAGCCCCUGCAGAGCGUCGAGACGAUUGAGCUGUCGGUCCUCUUCUUCUGGAAAUACCGGAGCGGCAAAAUGUACAGCCUGUCCAUGCAGGAUCUCUUCGACCUCGAAGGCAUCUUCAAGCGCUGUGCCGAACUCCGCUGGCUGGGCCUCCUGGGCGAAAACGACCUCCCUGGCAAAGUCAAGCACACGACGUCAACGUACCUCAGUCCCUCUGCCACAACAACACCAAGCUCGUCGGCGGGCGUGGGUUAUAAAAUGUCCACGGAGCGCAAGGGCACCGAACAGAGCGGCGGUAUGGAGAUAUGUAUCAGCCGCGACCUGGAGGAUGCCAUGGAGGAGAGGCGGAAGAGCAGUUUUGAUUUCUUCGGCAACUAUGAAAUCGGUGAGCCGUUGCCGCAGCCCGCUUACCAACACGGGGCCAUGAUAUGAUCUAAGGGGGGAAGAGAAUGACUCGUUCGGUCGGUGAGUCGGUCAGAGACAGCAUCUAUUGGUUUUCUUGUUCUCUCUCUGUGCAAGCCCUCCAAAAAAAAACAAGUGUCUACUUAGUUGAGUUACAUGUGCGGAAAAAAACAAGAACCCAU